AAUAUGAGGUCCAAAUCUCACCCAUGAAACAGUUCGGAUAAGAGAAGAAUCUAGAGAUACACAAUCUUAUUGGACCUCAUUUCUCCGACUUGGCUUUCCCAUCUAUAUUCCAAAGUGUACCACAAUUCCCUCUCUGCUGCAACACCUUGAGAAACUCUCUGCCAUUCUCGAGUCUGAGUUCCCAUACAAAGCUUAAGCUAGCUAGGUUCAUCAAUGGCAGCAACCAUAGCAACAAUGGCCAUGAUCAACUCAAAGUGCCUGUCACCCAAGUUGCACAACCCCACCAACACAAAGCUCACAACUUCAAAACCCACCCCCUCCCUCUUUUCAUCCUUUCAGAACAUGCCAAAGGGCCUCACAAAAGAAGCUGAGAACACUAACAUGAUGUCAACUUCCAUAGCAGGAACUGCUAUUGCUGGUGCCAUUUUCUCUUCCCUUGGAAGCUGUGAAGCAGCUUUCGCUGCCCAACAAAUAGCUGAAAUAGCAGAAGGUGAUAACCGUGGGCUAGCACUGUUGUUGCCCAUAAUUCCAGCAAUAGCUUGGGUGCUAUUCAACAUUCUGCAGCCAGCACUGAACCAAAUCAACCGCAUGCGUAGCAGCAAGGGUGUGAUCAUUGGGCUCGGUGGGUUAACAGCCACAGGUUUGGUGUCAGCACCAGAUGCAUCAGCCAGUGAGAUGGCUAUGAUUGCUGAUGCUGCUGCCAGUGAUAACAGAGGACAGCUUCUUCUGUUUGUGGUUGCACCUGCCAUUGUUUGGGUGCUCUACAACAUUUUGCAGCCAGCUCUCAACCAGAUCAACAGGAUGAGAUCCCAGUGAGUGACUGUUUAUUCUAAACUAGGGGAUUUUUGUGUAAUGGUUUAUCCUACCACUUGCUUGUAACUUGUAUCUAAAGCUAUGUAUAUGUAUUAUAUUUCUCAA